AUGGGCUCUUGCUCUGGAAAGCGUUCUAGCAACAAUUCUGCUACUAAGAACUCUAAUAAUAAACCUGAAACAGAUAAUUCUUCACCCUAAAAACUUUAACCGAACGAUGGUAUAUCAACUAUAUUACGUUUAAGCCUAAUCUUUUCUUGGAAAUUUGAUCAUCACAAGUGAAAAGCUAGGACGUAUCACGAAAGAUUACACACUUUUGAAUCCUCCAUUGGGAAGUGGUAUUCAAAUUAUUCAAUCACCUUUAGGAGCAUAUGGAGAAGUCAGAAAAGCUAUCCACAAGAGUACAAACCUCAUGAAAGCUGUCAAAAUUAUCCACAAAUCAUAAACUAGUAAAGAGGAAUAAGAGAGAUUGAUGAAUGAAGUUAAAAUGCUUUAAAAAUUAGUAAUCAUUUUUAAUUAUUCAAGGAUCAUCCAAACAUCAUUAAAAUUUUCGAAUUUUAUCAAGAUGAUAGAUUCUUUUACAUCGUAACAGAACUAUGUACAGGAGGAGAACUCUUUGAUAAAAUUAGACAUGAGGGCAGUUUCUCAGAAAAGAAAGCUGCUGAAAUCAUGAAACAAAUAUUAUCCGCUAUCAAUUAUUGUCAUGAUGAGAAGAUUGUUCAUAGGUAAUUCAUUAUAAAUAUCUUCAUCUAGAGAUUUGAAACCAGAAAAUCUACUAUAUGAAUCUGAAAAAGAAAAUUCCAUGCUCAAAAUUAUUGACUUUGGCACUUCCAAAGAAUUUGUUCCCAAUUAAAAGUUAAAUUAGAAAUUAGGAACGCCCUAUUACAUUGCGCCUGAAGUUCUAAAAAAGAAAUAUGAUGAAAAAUGUGAUAUUUGGUCUUGUGGAGUAAUCCUAUAUAUUUUGUUAUGUGGGUAAACACAUUAUAUAAAUUGAGAUAUCCACCGUUUGAUGGAAAAACAGAGGACAAAAUUAUGGAGAAAGUGUCUAAAGGUGUUUAUUCAUUUGAUACCCAAGAGUGGGAAGAAGUUACAAAAGAGGCCAAAGAGUUCAUUAGGAAAAUGCUUCAACUUGAUCCUAGUAUUUAAAUUAUUAACUAUUGUUCAGGUAAGAGAUAUAGUGCCCAAUAAGCUUUAAAUGACCCUUGGAUUAAGAAAUUUACUAAUCCAACUGAAUUUGAUAAACCCUUAAUGACCAAGGUCUUAACAAAUAUGAGAAAAUUUACAGAAUAACAAAAAUUACAAGAAGCUGUUUUUAAAUUUAUUGUUAAUCAAUUGGCCACAAAAGAAGAGAAGGCUGAACUAUUAAAGAUCUUCUAAUGUUUGGAUACAAAUCAAGAUGGAAAAUUGAGUAAAGAAGAAUUACUUGUAGGAUAUUCAAAGAUUAUGAAACCAGUUGAAGCUGCUGAAGAAGUUAAUCGUAUAUUUUAAUAAGUUGAUAAAAAUAAUUCUGGUUCCAUUGAUUAUACAGGUAUAUUGAUAUCAAAUUAAAUUCUAGAGUUUGUUAUUGCAACAAUUGAUAGAUAAUAAUUGCUAUCUAAAUAAAGAUUGUAAGUCACUUUUCGUAUGUUUGAUAAAGUAUUUCAUACAUUUAUUUAGGAUAAAAGUGGAAGUAUAACUAUAGAUGAAUUAAAAGAGAUAUUUAGUGGAAUUCCGGAAGAAAUGUGGAGAUAGGUAGUAUAGGAGUUUGAUUCUAAUUCUGAUGGUUAAAUUUCAUUAGAUGAAUUCUUUGUGAUGAUGAAGAAAAUCGAAUGA